AUGCAAAACGCAAAUAAUCCAAAAGUUAUUAUUAUCGGUGCAGGUCCAGGAGGACUUGCACUUUAUCACGCGUUGAUGAAGAACAAAGAUAAAAAAAAAUUCGAAGUAAAAAUUUUUGAACGGGAAUCUAGUCCAGAAG